AUGUUUAGGAAUUUAAAACAGCCUGUUCAGAAUAAAGAAAGACCCCGGAAAAGGAACAGUUUGAAUCAGGAAAGAGAGAACGAGGCAAGCAGUUACGAUACAAUUAACUGCCAAACACAAUUUCUUAUAAAAGAUUGGAGGCUGGUGAUUGAACUAAAAGGCACGACGGCAUAUCAAUUUCCGUUGACUAGCGAAGAAAUCCAACACUUGACUCAACAUUACGUUUAUCCAGAAGAUGACUUUUCGCCAGCAUCAGCUGACGUUUUGAAAGGUGCGUUUUACAAUCAAGAACUACGCAGGCCACUUACUAAAGCAGAAGAACAGGAAUUAAAUUAUUAUAAUGAACAAUUAAACAAAUGGCAAAAGUCAUUCGCCAAAUUAUACGACAAACUACGCGAAGGAUCGUGUCCUUAUUUCUACUUUAUGAGUUCCGAUGUGACGGCAAUUUUUCUAUCGCCCAAGGCAAGUGCGAAUGGAGAGUUUGGGGCAAUUGUCCAUCGCGUACUGCCGGAACUUCGCAAGACACUUGAAGGAGCGAAAGUGACUUUGACAGCUUGUUCAUCGAUGGAGGAACAGACAAUAACGAAGAAACUCAAAAUAAGUACACGUGAUAAAUUGGUGCAGAGUAAACUGAAUCAAGUUCUCAUGGUCAAAGGUGGGACUGACUUGGAGAGAAUAUACAAAUGUUUGUUCGAAUGGAGGAUGAAGAGUUAUGAGAAACGAGCACAAGCAUUACCCGUUCUUCGAGCACCAGUUGGAUUUGAUCGAUCUGCUACGACAGAAGCUGUAGUCGAGGUUCGUGUAUGA